UCGAAAGACGGCAUCGAAGAGCUGUGUCCCGUGUGCGGCGACAAAGUUUCCGGGUACCACUAUGGCUUGCUAACGUGUGAGUCGUGCAAAGGAUUCUUCAAGAGGACGGUUCAGAACAAGAAAGUCUACCAGUGCGUGGCUGAACGGUCGUGUCACAUCGAUAAGUCGCAGAGGAAAAGAUGUCCCUUCUGCCGCUUCCAGAAGUGCCUCAACGUCGGGAUGAAACUCGAAGCGGUCCGAGCGGAUCGAAUGCGCGGUGGUCGAAACAAAUUCGGGCCAAUGUACAAGAGGGACCGUGCGAAGAAGCUUCAGAUGCUCCGGCAGAAGCAACUCGCAUUGCAGUGCGGAGACUCCAUGUCCCAAAGCAUGUAUGACACCAACGGGGGAGUGAAACAAGAGAUUCAGAUCCCCCAGUUGAGUUCUUCAACGUCCUCUCCUGAUUCGUCUCCAUCACCUCUCCAAACGACCCUCUCGAGUCUCAGUAUUACAACGGUAAUUAAUUGGGCGCCUCAACAGGCGACAGCCGCCAGCGGAAAGCAGAACAUCGUCCCAUUCCAGAACUUCGAGGGUGGUCUCUCGUCGUCGCAGUCUCCAUUGCCGCUGGUUAUCACCUCGCAGUCGCAACAAUCUCCACAAUCGAAGGUGCCUUCCCUCGUGCGGGAGCUACUGAGGAACAUGACCGACGAGAAGGAAUGGCAGUCGCUGCUGUUCCAGCUGUUGCAGUCACAAACGUACAACCAAUGCGAAGUGGAUCUCUUCGAGCUCAUGUGCAAAGUCAUCGACCAAGCACUCUUCGCGCAGGUGGACUGGGCGCGGUCUACGAUAUACUUCAAGGAACUCAAGGUUGACGAUCAAAUGAAGUUGCUGCAGCAAUCGUGGUCAGACAUGUUGAUACUGGAUCACAUACAUCAGCGGAUGCACCAUAAUCUCCCGGACGAAGCGGGGCUUCCGAAUGGACAAAAGUUCGAUCUUGUGUCGCUCUGCCUACUGGGAAUGCCGACUAUGGCCGAUCAGUUGCAUGCAGUCACCCAAAAGCUUUCCGAUCUCCGUUUCGACCAAGUUGAUUACGCCUGUCUCAAAUUCCUCAUGCUGCUCAAUCCUGUGCGUAUGCUGUCGAAUCCUCGACUAGUUACCGACGCCCAAGAGCAAACAAAACAGGUUCUCCUCGAAUACUGCACCAGCAAUUAUCCCAACAUCGCCGACAAGUUCAGCCAGCUGAUGGCGAUCCUGCCGGAGAUCAAGGCAAUGUCGUCGCGCGGAGAAGAGUUCCUCUACUUCAAACACGUGAACGGUAACGCGCCCACGCAAACAUUGCUCAUGGAAAUGCUGCACACCAGACGGAGACCGUGA